CAUCAACGUCACUUACAUCUUUUCGCCUUAAAUUGCCUCCUCCACAAUAUCUGUCAUUACCAUUAUCAUCACCUACAACAACACCACCACCAUCACCACCGCCGCCAUCGCCAUCACCAUCGCCAACAUCAUCACUAACAGGAUCAACACGUCUUGCAUCUUUUGGUCGUAAAUUGCCACCUCAUCAACCUCUUUCAUCGCAAUUAUCAUUACCAAUAUCACAUUUAACAAGAUUUCGUGUGCCACCCAGAGACGCGUGGGUGUUCGUGGCGGCCGCCUUCUGUCAGCAGGGGCAACCUGUGCCUGGUGCGUGGUCUGGGCGCAUGCUCUGUGUGUGCGCGCACUUGGUGGCGCUGGUGCUGGCCGCAGCACACUCUGGUUCUCUCAUCUCUGCGCUCUCCGCCGGCGAGCAAGGCCCACCUUUCAAGUCUCUGGACGAGGCCCUCAAUCAUCCCCAUUCACGUGUAGUUGUCGUGGUGAACAUGAGUAUUGCAAUAGAAGUGGUCAAUAGUAAGGAUCCCAACAUGCUGCUACGCGAGAAGCUGCGCGCCGAGCAGCGGCGGGGCUUCCCCCGUCACGUGCAAGAGGCCCUGAUGCGCAGCUGCGCGCAUGCGCACACUGUGGCCAUGGUGGGGCAGGACUCAGUGCCGCUGCUGGCGCCGGGCCUGCCCUGCGAUGUGACUGAGCUCCCCUUCGCCCAGCUGCGCAACCCCGUGUCCUUCGCCUUCGCCCGCGGCAGCCCUUACGUCGGCCUCUUCAGCUACUCCGCUCGCGCUGCAGCUGGGUAUGCCGACUCCCGGCCGUCUCGUUGUCGCCGCCGCUGCAGACCAUGGCUCAAUUUCAGCCACACCGUCGCUUCUCUACCUCGCAGAACAACCGUCCACAAUGACGCUUGAAGCGCCGUCUUCUCUCUCGUGCCACCACAUUCACAUCCAAUGUUCUUUUGUCUUGCUUCUUGACCAUGUUCGGCACCAGAAUCCUCUUCUCUUCUUCUUUCUUCGCCGCUCUUCCUAUGCGGCAGCCC